AACUAUCCCUUGGCGACAUCCCGUCCUGGUCUAUUUGUGCUGCAGAACCCGGUUUAACACCGGAAUGGUAGUGCUGGGGCUCUAGACCGAGUUCUCAUUCGCACGACGCAACAACCAGCCUCUCCUUCCUUAAGCCAGCCAUGUCAGACCCUUUGGGAAAGGAACUAAACGCGCCUGAUGUUCAGGCUGCUGCGAUCCAACCCACUAACACGGACCGCUUAACCGACUCAGAUGAGGACCGUGUCGAGAAGACCGAUGAGAAGGACGGUGACAACAUCAGUCAUAUUAAAGACGAUGAUGACGAGGACGAACAUAAAGGCCCCGAAUUGAGGGUUACGAGGACCUCCGCCUCUGCUGCAACUACAGCUACACAUGCCACAACACUGGCCCCGGCUCCUGAAAAGAAGCCAUGGCACAAGAAUCUGAACCCUUUCCGCUGGGGCCCUCCACCUCCAGUUCCCAAGGAGAAGAUUACCAGCAGAGAGUACGAAGCUGGAUUCUUCAGUCUGCUGACAUUCCAAUGGAUGGCGCCACUAAUGACGAGUGGAUACAGGCGUUCGCUGGAAGAAAAUGACCUUUGGACGGUGAACCCAGAUAGGGCCGCUGGACCACUGACCGCUAACCUCAAGGCUUCGUUCAAGAGGCGUGUCGAUAGGGGCGACAAGUACCCGCUUCUAUGGGCAAUGCACGAGACCUUCAAGUUUGGAAUUUGGCUCGGCGGCAUUUGCGCACUCUUUACAAAUAUCAUCCAGGUCAUCAGCCCCUUCACCCUGAGAUAUCUCAUCCAGUUUGCCGCCGAUGCCUGGGAGGCGAACCGGACCGGAGGACCGGCUCCUCACAUCGGUCGUGGUGUUGGCCUGGCGAUUGGUAUCACCCUAAUGCAGAUGGCCCAGAGUUUGGGUACGAACCACUUCAUCUACCAAGGUAUGAUGGUUGGUGGCCAGUUCCGAGGUGUCUUGAUUGGGCUCAUCUACGAGAAGUCGAUGCAUAUCUCUGGGCGAGCUAAGGCCGGCGGUGUCAAACCAACAAUGCCGGCAGAGACAGGAGCGGAAGAAGAGAAGGCAUCUGACAAGGAGAAUUCGAAAAAGGGCAAGGGGAAGCCGAGUCCGGAUGCCCAUGAUGGUACCGGUUGGGGUAAUGGCCGAAUCGUGAACCUCAUGAGUGUCGACACAUACCGUAUCGACCAGGCCUCCGCUCUAUUCCACAUGACUUGGACCUCGCCGGUCCUCGUCCUUGUCACUCUCGCUCUUCUUCUUGUCAACAUCACCUACAGCGCCCUUGCUGGUUUUGGUCUUCUGGUUGUCGGCAUGCCCUUCCUGACCAAGGCUAUCCGCAGUCUCUUCCAUCGCCGUCGAGAUAUUAACAAAAUCACUGAUGACCGCGUUUCACUCACACAGGAGAUUUUGCAGUCGGUCCGCUUUGUCAAGUACUUUGGAUGGGAGAAGGCUUUCCUUCAGCGCCUGGGUGAUUACCGCGGCAGAGAGAUCUACGCUAUCCAGGUUCUGCUGGCCAUCCGAAACGCUCUCAACGCUGUGAGCAUGUCGCUGCCCAUCUUCGCAUCCAUGCUGUCGUUCAUCGCAUACUCCCUGACCCACCAUGGUCUCUCCCCCGCCGAAGUCUUCUCGUCUCUCGCCUUGUUCAACGGCUUGCGAAUCCCUCUGAACCUGCUUCCCCUCGUUCUUGGCCAGGUGGUUGACGCCUGGUCUUCAUUGAAGCGCAUUGAAGAAUUCCUCCUCGAGGAAGAGAUGGUUGAAGAGAUGACUAUUGAAUCGAAGGGCGAGGAUGCUAUUCGGCUGGAGAAUGCCUCCUUCACUUGGGAAAGGACACCGACCACUGAGGCCGAAAAGCCAGCUGGAGACAAGGGAAAGAAGUCGAAGAAGGAAAAGCACGCGGCACCCCCUGCGGCUGAUGCCGCAGUUGAAGAUACCGCCAGCACCCUCGUCGAAGAGCGAGAGCCCUUCAAACUGCAUGAUCUAAGCAUGAGCGUGAAACGGAACGAACUGGUUGCUGUCAUCGGUUCAGUGGGCAGCGGCAAGAGUUCUCUCCUCUCUGCCCUCGCUGGUGAUAUGCGAAAGACCGACGGCGAUGUGGUGUUUGGCGCUUCUCGAGCUUUCUGUCCCCAAUACGCUUGGAUCCAGAACACGACACUCCAGAACAACAUCACUUUUGGCAAGGGUAUGAAUAAGAGCUGGUACAAGGAGGUUGUGCGAGCUUGUGCCCUCCAAGCCGAUCUUGACAUGCUUCCCAACGGCGACCAGACGGAAAUUGGCGAGCGCGGUAUCACCAUCUCAGGCGGUCAGAAGCAGCGCCUUAACAUUGCGCGAGCCAUCUAUUUCGACGCUGACAUCGUCCUCAUGGACGACCCCCUCAGCGCUGUCGAUGCCCAUGUCGGCCGGCACAUCUUCGACAACGCCAUCCUCGGUCUCCUCAAGGACAAGUGCCGUAUCCUCGCUACUCAUCAGCUUUGGGUGCUCAAUCGCUGCGACCGCAUUGUCUGGAUGGAGGGCGGCAAGAUCCAGGCCAUCGACACCUUUAAUAACCUCAUGCGCGAGCAUCGCGGCUUCCAGGCCCUGAUGGAGACGACCGCUGUGGAGGAUAGGAGUGAGGAUGAAAAGAAGCCCGAUGAAGUGAAGCCCGAAGACGACAAGGAGAAGAAGAAGAAGAAUAAGAAGGGUGCCGCCCUCAUGCAGCAGGAGGAGCGAGCCCAGUCCAGCGUUCCGUGGUCAGUCUACUUGGCAUACAUCGGCGCCUCGGGAUCUCUGCUCAACGCUCCCCUGGUUGUCUUCAUUCUCCUCCUCUCUCAGGGCGCGAACAUCAUGACGAGUCUGUGGCUCUCCUACUGGACCUCUGACAAGUACGGCCUCUCGACAGGCACGUACAUUGGCAUCUACGCGUCACUCGGUGUCGCCCAGGCUAUCCUCAUGUUCAUAUUCUCCGUGAUGCUGUCCAUCCUCGGCACCAACUCGAGUAAGUACAUGCUCCAGCAAGCUGUCACCCGCGUGCUUCGAGCGCCCAUGGCCUUCUUCGACACGACGCCCCUGGGCCGCAUCACCAACCGCUUCUCGCGCGACGUCGAUGUCAUGGACAACAACUUGACGGAUGCCAUCCGCAUGUUCUUUCUCACUAUGGCAAUGAUCACCUCCGUCUUCAUCCUCAUCAUCGCCUACUUCUACUACUUCGCCAUCGCCCUCGUCCCGCUCUACAUCCUCUUCGUCCUCGCCGCCUCGUACUACCGCGCCUCCGCCCGCGAGGUCAAGCGCUACGAGUCAAUCCUCCGCUCCCACGUCUUCGCCAAGUUCGGUGAGGGCCUAAGUGGCGUGGCCUCGAUCCGCGCGUACGGACUGCAGGACCGCUUCAUUAAGGAGCUGCGCGUGGCCAUUGACGACAUGAACAGCGCCUACUACAUCACGUUUGCCAACCAGCGGUGGCUGUCUAUUCGCAUCGACAUUAUCGGCGUGUUGUUGGUCUUUACCGUCGCUAUUCUCGUUGUCACAUCCCGCUUCUCCAUCAACCCGUCCAUCGGCGGCCUCGUCCUCAGUUACAUCCUGUCCAUUGUCGGCAUGAUGCAGUUCUCAGUGCGUCAACUCGCCGAAGUUGAAAACGCCAUGAACGCCGUCGAGCGUCUCUACUACUACGGUACUGAGAUCGAGGAGGAGGCCCCUGAGCAUACCGUCGAAGUGCGCAAAUCUUGGCCCGAAAAGGGCGAGAUCAUCUUUGACAAUGUCGAGAUGCGCUACCGGGCAAACCUCCCGCUUGUCCUCCAGGGCCUGUCGAUGCACGUCCAGGGCGGCGAGCGCAUUGGUAUUGUCGGCCGUACUGGUGCGGGCAAGAGUUCCAUCAUGAGCACGCUGUUCCGCCUGGUCGAGAUCUCAGGGGGCCGCAUCACCAUCGAUGGGCUUGACAUCUCUACCCUUGGCCUGCACGACUUACGCUCGCGCCUAUCCAUUAUCCCACAGGAUCCGACGCUCUUCCGCGGUACUGUCCGCAGCAACCUGGAUCCCUUCCAGGAGCACACUGACCUGGCACUGUGGUCCGCCCUGCGCCAGGCCGAUCUCGUCUCUCCAGACGCAAGCGAGUCGCCCAGUGAGGCGCGUCGUCAAGACCCCUCGCGCAUCCACCUCGACAGCGUCGUAGAAGAAGACGGUCUCAACUUCUCCCUCGGCCAGCGCCAGCUCAUGGCUCUGGCGCGUGCCCUGGUGCGUGGCUCGCAGAUCAUCGUCUGUGACGAAGCGACGUCAUCUGUCGACAUGGAAACCGACGACAAGAUCCAGGCGACCAUUGCGACGGGCUUCCGCGGCAAGACGUUGCUAUGCAUUGCUCAUCGGCUGCGUACCAUCAUCGGGUACGACCGCAUCUGCGUUAUGGAUGCGGGUACCAUCGCCGAGCUCGACACGCCGCUCGAGCUGUGGAAGAAGGGCGGCAUUUUCAGGAGCAUGUGUGAUCGUAGCGGCAUCCGUGCCGAGGAUAUCCAUGGCGCCAGGGAGGAGUUGGCUGGACUGGAUGGUGGAGAGGGUAGUCAAUCAUGAUGAACAUCUCAAUCAUGAUUAACAUCAGCAACAAAAUUAUGAUGGUAAACAUCUAGAAUUGAACAAAGUCGACAUGGAGGGGGGAAAAAUAGAACUUAUACCCUUUG